AUGGCGUCCAGGUCUUCAUGCUGCUAUUGCCCUGGCUGCUCUGACUGUGGUCUCCGCCGCUUACUCAGGCUGUUGCGCAGUGUUAUGUUCUUCUUUCAGUGGAAGAUUGAAUCUGUGGAAAGAGACCGGGCACAGCUGGAAGGCGAACCCAACACCAAGAUUGUGAAAGGCACUGUGACAAGCUGUGGCAAUGAUUAUGGCUGGAUCGAAAACUGUGUCUUCUUCAGCACCGAUGUUGUGAUCGGCCCAGUGCCUCUGCAAGCUGGAGACCAAGUCCUCGCAUUUGUGGAGGAAGACCCACUGUCACAUGACUUGAAAGCAACCGAAGUCUGUGUCUUCUCCGAAGAAGAUAAGCCUAGAGAACCAGACUCCAAGAUCCGUGAUUUAUCUGUGUGUGUUUCCCUCGUCAAGAAAGAUACCGUCUACAUCGCGGAGGAGUACUACUUCUAUCUGGACAGCAUUUCCAAAGCUAUCUUAGGUUUCACACCUUAUGAAGGGGACUGGCUAGAUAUUGAGUACUCUGCUGAAAAAGGGUCACCGAAGAUCACAGUGCACUCCUUGAAGGCCACGAAGUGUAGGCGCCUGCAGGAGGUCCAUGUAACCAGUGUCCACAGACGACAAGGAGUGCUGAAUCACACCAUCUUUUUCACCCUGGUCUCACUGAAACUCCCCGUGGCCUACACCCCUGUUGUAGGCCACGUGGUCAGCGCGGUGAUAGUGCAAAGCAUCCGGCCCAACUACAACUGGAGGGCAAUCUCCAUGACUCCGGUGAACAUGAUACUUUGCACCCCUUCAGAUUCUGGACGUAACCAUAGGUAUCUUACCACCUUCCACACGUACACGUGUUCACUGAGGAGCCUCACGUCCAUGAUCCCAGUGUCCUCUAGCGGGCUCCCACUUUCCUAUGGGCCCUCUGCCCUCCCCGCCACCUGCCUUGUCCUCCACUGUUGCCCCCGAGCCUCUCAGCCUCCUGUGUCCACCCCUGAGCCUCCAGUUCAUGCUCUGACCCUGAACCUCGGACUUCUGCCUUGCCCAUCUGCUUCCCUCUGGGCCAAGCCUGCCUACUCACGUUUCAUCCUGCUUGAUUCGGAGACGUCCCCAACAUCGCAUCUCAAGAUGCCCUUGACCUCUGCCAAACUGCCCCAGACUCCGUCCCUCAGCGGAGCUCCUUCCCAGUGCGCAGGAAAGGAAAGACGGAUGCCCAACCUCCGUAUCCCACGGUCUCGCUUUCUCCCUCGGUGCACUGGCAACUCUGCUCCCUCCCGACAUCAGUGUCCUGUCAGGUCGGGAAGAAGCCUUCAGGGGUGGGGGAUGCAGGCCCAGGGCAGAGGAGGCCUAAAACGGAGGGGCCCGGGCCGUCCCGCCUGCGCCCCCCGCCGCGGUCUCGGGGCACCGCGCGGCCACCCACGGUCCUUCAUGCGGCCCUGGCGCGGGUGA